AAUAAAAUUCUUGGCACCCCGUGCAAGCGUUGCUUGGUAACAAAAGUUAAACAGGACAAAGCUUCUUUUUGGAGUACAGUCUGAAGAUCCUUCUCUGAUUCUCAAGCAAUUUAGUUGUGGACCUCGUUUAAAAACGCUCCAUGGCUAAAGGAAAGAGAGCAGGCGGAGCCAAAGAUACGAAGAUCACAUUGAAAAUGGCUAAAAAUGCUCUCAGAGUAACUCCAGAUGGCAAACUACGACUUGAUCUGAGCAAUGUAGGCAUCGCCACGUUUCCCAAAUGCCUUCUAAAGUUAAGAAACAUAGAGGAACUUGACCUGAGCCGUAACAAACUAAAAAUAAUCCCAGAAUUCAUUGGCCAGCUCACUAGACUGCGUUGGUUAGAUCUACACAGCAACCAAAUCGAACAACUGCCUGAAAGCAUUGGACGCCUGGCAUCUCUGCUCUACCUCAACCUCUGUAACAACAACCUGGACUCUGCUGGUUUAUCGCCUGAAAUAGGAAGUCUGAGAAACCUCCAGGUUCUCAACCUGGGUAUGAAUCAUCUAAAUGCCCUUCCUCCCACCUUGGCCGCCCUGACAAACCUGACAGAGCUGGGACUUUUUGAUAACUUGUUCACACAGAUACCAGAAUGCUUAAACGUGUUGCCCAACCUGAUGAAGCUGAACACUAAACGCAACCCUGUUUCCUACACACAGCGAGACGGCAAAGACUCGGACUCUGUAAAGACAAUGGCAAAUCUGUUUUUGGUGAGAGAGGGAGAUUUGUGCCAUCCUUGUCUAGAGGGGUGCAGAAGGAAAAAGCUACUUGACAGGUCGCAAAGAAUGAAUAAUUUUUCAGGGCUGAUCUCGCCAAACUCUGUAGCUCGAGGGAAUCAAGAAAAUUGGCGGCAGCAGACUACUAGCUCACCUCCAAGUUUUCAAAAAGAACAAGCCAGACCUGUCAGAGAUACCAACACAUUGUCUUUUAUGAAUAACCUUUAUACAUAAUGACUCAACAUUUAAAUCUCCUCCUGUACUUUUAGGAACUAAACUGCAGGUUUUGCAGGAGGUCCACCAAAUAUUGUUGGAUCUCAAGCUGUCAAACAAAACUAUUUCAAAGUUAACUUCAACAAAGGCUAAAGUUAUGAAGUUAAAGCUAAGCUAACUGCUUCAUUGUGCCUCCCAAAUAAAACAUUUUCUAUAGAAUUAAAAUGUACAAAUACAUGAAUUUGCACAUCAACAACAAAUAUUUAACAUUACAUUAAUCUCUCUAUCAACCAAGGGGUUCCUGGAUCUGUAAUCUGUAUAGUAUCAUUAAAAAAUAUAUGCAUCAAAUUACUGUGUAUUUCUUACUGUGGAAAAACAACUUUGGCUUUGAAGCCGAUGGGAAACAAUCAAUAUUAAGUCCAUUCCCUCUUCAUCGUGUCAAAAAUCAGGGGAACUAAACAUGAUAAAACUAAAUUGAGCAGAAAUUGAAAUGGUGAGUUAAG